AUGGCAUUUGCAUCUCAAUGGGCUCAGAAUUUUCAAAAGGACUCAAAUUAUAUUUCAUCAAAUCCGUUGAUUCAAAACGAAAAGUCAUUUCGGGAGAGCCUAUGGAACGACGCGAAACAUACACUGGAGAUUUCCGUGGGAAUACCCUCUUUCCGCGUUGUCUUUGCCAAUAUUCUCUUCUCUCUCACCCAAAGACCCAUCACAGAUCAAGAAGAGAUCGGACUCGACGGUCUCCUUGAGCAAGACCUGGCACACAUAUUUCUCGAAAACGCUACAGCAGGCACCCUUCCAAGCUCUACCAACACAGAUGCGUCUCUCCAUGAGCUUGAGAACCGUGAUACAUUCGACCUUCUCUUCUGGCUAGGGGUCAUGUUUGACACCCAAAUCGCCGCCAUGCACCAACGACCCCCUGUAGUCUCCGACGAAGAUAGCCAAAAGGCUUCAGACUCCGUUUGGAAAACGUCACCAUUCGGUGCUACAGAGCCUUCGCUCGACCUCGAUGGGUUCAGUCUUUCGUCGACCCAUGCCAACAUGGCCUUUUUCCACGAGGAAGCAGCCGAAAUAUUAUCAGACGCAGCUCCAGUAAAGGUAUUACUGUGGCGUCGAAUCACUCAACUUCAAACACUCAUCUACCGAGAUGCGGAGCCUGAAUUGAUCGAGGGAGGCAUUCAGAAAGCCCUACUGGUAUAUCGACACUGGAAUAACGCUUACAACAUUUUCAUUCUGAACUGCGUCUCGAAUCAUGCAGCCUUACCACCUCGGGUACAGUCAUGGUAUGUUGUACUCGCGGCACAUUGGCAUCUUGGCGCAAUGCUUCUAGCAGAUGUAAUCGAAAACAUCGACCAAACAAACCUGAGCCUAGAGCAUCAGCGCCAGUCACGGAAUGUUAUACAGUUCUCUGGCUCACUCAAGAGAGACAAUGCGUCUGCCGUGGCGACACUUGCUCAAUGCUCGAUAUAUGAAGAUGAGACGAUGAAGCCACAUCCGAGUCAAUUUCAUGACUCUCUUAACGAUGCGGCAUUCCUUACUGAGCCUUUCACCGUCCUUCUCAUUCACUCGUUUUCCAAGUCUGGAUACAUUUUUCUCGAGAAUUUGCAAACCUCAUUGGGCUCUGUCCAUUGUGGAUCAAGCGGCUCUUUUGAUCAAUUCCGCCAAGGCUGUGAGACCUGUAUUCGGGCACUUCUAUGUCUUGGGAGGAAAUCGGAUAUGGCAUCUCUAGUGGCGCGAGGGCUUUCCAAUAAAUUGAACUCGAAGCUGAAGCCGGAGUUGACGAGUGAGUCGAAUUUGGAUAUGGGGUAUAUUGCGGGCAUGGAGGACUAUUCCUGGGCCUCUGACCCUGCCUUCAACCUGACGACAUUUCAGACGACGAAUAAUGAUUUUUGGAUGUAA